AUGUACGGAUACCCCAACUCGAACCAACCUAAUUACCCUCCCCCUCAGGGAUACGGUGGUUACGGUCCUCCUCAAGGCGCAACAUACGAUCAAUCAUACGGAUCUACCGGACCUUACGGCGUUCCUCCAUCUCAACCUCCAUACGGUGUUGCUCCACCUUCAAACACUUAUGGACUUCCAGGUGUCCCUUUUCAAUCCGGACAAUACAUUCCUCCACCACCUCAUAAUGGUCCAUCGCCACAACCAUAUGGUGCUCCUCCCUCACAGCCUUGGGCUGCCCCAUCACCCUACCCUCCUUCCCCUAUCCCGCAUCCCAGUGCGGCCGGAACGACAGGAGCGAAUCCUCGAUUUUUAGGAGUGAACAUACCUUCUCCUCCACCUGCCGUACCUUUGUCAAACUUACAAGGGUAUAAUGCUCAAUUUGAUGCUGAACGUAUAAGGAAAGCUACCAAAGGAUUCGGGACAGACGAAAAGUCAUUGAUAGAUGUUCUAGCACCUCUUGAUGCGUUUCAGAUGGACGUACUUUCCCGUACGUACGAACAAAUGGUAGGAAAGUCACUUCGAAAAACGUUGGAAAAGGAGCUUUCUGGAUGGGUUGAAUACACUCUGGUUCUCUUAUCUCUCGGACCUUUACAUGGGGAUCUUCAUCUUUUAGAAAGAGCUUGUAAAGGUGCAGGAACACAUGAAGAUCUUUUAACUGAAAUCUUAUUGGGAAGAACGAAUGAAGAAAUGUUUUUCCUGAAAGAAGGUUUCAGAAGAUUAUAUGGAAAAGAUUUGAUAUCUACCGUCAAAGGAGAAUUAUCAAUGCAAACGGAACGGAUGUUCAAUAUGGCUUUAAGUGGAACCAAGGAUGAAUCACCUUAUAUCAAUCAACAAGUAAUUCAACAAGAUGUGGAAACGCUUUACAGAGCUGGUCCAGGACGGAUUGGAACGGAUGAGAUUUCUGUUUGUGGAAUACUUUUAUCUCGUUCGGAUGCACAUUUACAAGCUAUCGCACAACAGUUUCCUCAAAGACAUCGGGUAUCACUUUCACAAAUGAUACACUCGGAGUUCUCAGGCCACAUGAGAGAUUCAUUAUUGUAUAUUGCUCAUGGUGCCGAGGCAGAUGGACAUGGAGUCAACAGAGAUGCCAAUAUGCUAGAAGCUGCCAUGGCUGGUGUAGGAACUAAGGAUGAGAGAAUGAUCUAUCGUAUAAUCCGUGCACACUGGAAUCGUCCUCGAUUCGGAGCCAUUAAAAAUCAAUAUCAAGUCUUACAUGGUCGAACUCUUAGACACAGGGUGGAAAGUGAGACCACGGGGAAGUACGAAAAGGCUUUGGUCGCGAUAAUCGACAUGAACUGA